GUGAGUGUGCAGACUGGUAGCUAAAGCUAACAGCGAGACGGGGCACUAGUCAGUCGUUUUGUAUGUGUCCAACUUGCUCACAGAGAAGCGGUUGCUAGCUGUAGCUCUAUUUCUGUAGGACAUGUAUUGAAUUUCUUUGAACGUUUACUUGUGGGUUCCAUCACACGUUGCAUGAUGGCACCAAGUUGGCAGGAGGUAGCCUCACAGCAGGCCGAACAAAUAGCGAAUCGUCUCAGGGAGUUAAUGUCAUCUGGCGUCGUUUUCCUCCAUACCGAAUUAGGAGUGGAUUUGGGACUGAAGCCCGAACAUUUUCCGCAAUGGGUUAUUCUCUUAACACCAUGUAUAGGUCUCUUAAUAAUGAUGGUAUUGUGGAUGUCGGUCUCUCGGGGGAUUUCCAAGCAGCGGUCUGUGACACCUCUCGAGGAGACCAGAGAAAUUACUACGGAAUCUGUCAAAACAGCCAAACCCGAGGAACCGAAGAAAAAGAACAAAAAGAAAUCUGCUGAAAAGAAACUUCAGACAAACGGUCGAGUUGCUGUUGAAGUCCAAGAGGAAGUUAAAGUGGCAACUGAAAUCAAGCCACAAGAGCAACCAGAAAUCAAGACUGAUAAGGCAAAGAAGAACAAGAAAAAAGCAAAAGCAGUGAUCAAAGAAGCCAAGACCACUCCGUCCACUGAUGGCAAAGAACCAGAUGAAGCAGGAGCUUGGGAAACCAAAGUCAGUAACCGGGAGAAGAGGCAGCAGCGUCGGAAGGACAAACCGACCAGUGACAGCUCAGCCAGCCCUGGAGGACCGGAGCCCACCAGCAGUGUACCCGCUGCAGAGCAGCCCAAAAUCGCCAUCCCCUCAGAACCCUCCAGCCAGAAAAAGAACAAAGAAAACAAAGGAGAACCCUCCAGAGCUAAACCAGCAAAAGCAGAGGCUGUGGUCCCACAAGCGGUGACACCCCGUUGGGACGAGGUGAUCGGAGGGACUGAUGGGGGAUGGAAUGACCUCGGUCUGAAGCUGUCAGCCCAGAUUCCUGCUGUAGAGCCUGAGAACUGGACCCCAGUCGCUCAGUCGUCUGAACAACUCAAGAAAGAGCCCCUCUGGAGUCAAGAGAUGGAAGGAUCAUGGACCUUUGUUGAUGGGAUACAGAAUCCAGUCCCUUUCACCAGACUGUCUGCUACACCCGCCGCUGGAGAUUCCCAGGCCAUCCCUGACCUUAGCUGGGCCUGUCAGCCCCUGGUAGAUGACGAAUGGUCUGGCCUGAAUGGCACCACUGCUGACUCCUCAGACUGGAAUGCCCCCUCUGUAGAAUGGGGCAACUACGUGGAACCACAGCCGGAGUGCACACCCACUCCAGUGCAACCAGUCACACUGGAGGUGCAGGUAUCUGAUGAAGAGAAAGACAAGGGAGAGACUGCUGCCCCUGGAAGCGGCAAAGCCAAAAAGAAAAAGAAGAAGAAGAAGAAAGCUGAAGAUGCUGGAACUAAUGCCCAGGAGGAGGCAGAGAAGGAGGUCAGCGCGGCGGGCCCCGGCGCGUCCGUCCAGCCGACUGCCCUGACUGCGCCGGCAGCUGCAGCGGAGAUCCAGGUGGAGGUGCAGAGCAGCGUGAAGCAGACAGCUCCGGUCCACGUCCCCCAGAGGCCAGCAGAGCCCGAGGCCACAGGCAAGAAGGGCAGCGCAGCCGCGGCCACACAGAAAAAGCCUGAGGAGAACUGGGAGUCAAAACAAGUCAAAAAGAAGAAGGCAAGAAGAGAAACAUGAGUGAGACUCAAUCCCUGAGAAUUAUAUGCAAAAAGAUAAAAGAGAAAGAAAAAAAAAAUAAACAAGAUGAUCAUGUAUAUGCAAUACUUUGGAUGUACAGAAUUUCGUACCAAAUGACUGUACUUUUUUUUAAUGGGAAAAACACCAAUUGACAGAGUAUCACCUUGUGUUCGAGAAGGUUUCAGUCCCUACAAGCUUCAUCUGCAGUAUAGGAUGCACUGUGUGCUGCCGCUAGACUAACCUCCUGGAGACACACUAAGAAAAAUGUUUUCUUUUCUUCUCUUUCUUUUGUGAGGAUUUUUUUUUUGAAGAUGUAUGUUUAUUAUUAUUAUUAUUAUUAUUAUUGUGAUAAAUGUGAUGUUAUGAUUUGUCUUUUCAGUGAAAUGUUGUGUGAGCAAAGAAUAUAAAGUUAGAAAUGGAGCAAGCCCCAACCUUAGUUCCUUUAGUUCCAGGGUUGCGCGUUGAGCUCCAGAUAGUCAAAGUCUGAUCUGGACAUCCGCUACAGGCCGACUACUGAUUAAUGGAUGUUUUAGCUCGCAGCAGAAGGCUGAACAUUCUGGAACUUUUGAAUGGUAUGUGAGCCACUCGUGUUUAAAAACCGUUUCUGUGAGAAUGAACACUAAGAUGAAUUCUCUUUUCUUGGUGUAUCUUAUUUUUUUUUUUUUUUUCAGUGCUGCGUAAUGUCCAGAGUAGUUAGAGAGAUUUUUGGCACUCGUUGUCUGGUACUGUAGUAGUUUACUUUAACGUUAAUUUACAACUUGUUUUUUUUGUUUAUUUUUGUUUCUUCCUCUUAAUAUGAAACAUUCAUUUACAGUAAAAAAAAAACAAACAAACUUAAAAAUCAAGCCAUAAGUAACAAUAAAAUUAAAGUAAAUGCUGUUUUCUACUUCUGAGUGGUUGUUGCAGUAGUUGAAAAUUGACAAAUGUUAACAUAUCUGAUAAUGUGAUAUUUUCUGAGAAUAAUGCUUUCUUCCUAGUUUUCUUACUUUACCUUUGCUCAGUUUCAUCAAAUCACAGUUGACUUCUGAUGUAGUACAAGGGUGUCAAAGUCUGCAGUUUUUUUAAAAUGGCUUUUUACCGUGUUGGUUCGGUCAGUGCAGCGUCAGGAACAAAACUUCAAAUGCCUUAACCUGUAGUGUGCAAGAUGAGAACUAAAAAUGUCUGUUUCAAACAGAUCCCUCUAUCGUAGCUGUCGGUUGGAUGGUAAAGUCUUUUUUUUUUUUUGUGAUUUGUACGAAAACAACACCAUGUAUGCUCAAGUUGGUCGUGCUUUGGUACAACUGAUGUGGCAGACUUUUACAGUGACAUUGUGCUAAAACUAAAGACCAUUACAUCAAGGUCAUGACAUGUAGUGUCGUUAUGGCUUCCUGACCCAUACAUUAAUAGAUUUCAGUAUGUCCUUGUCCAAUGUGUGCUAUGCCUGGGAUUUCUGUUUACUGGAGCCUAGAGGUUCAGGUUACAAGAGAAGUAAUGAAAGUGUUGCUUCAUUCAACACCUGCCUUAUGUAUCAUUCUUCCUUGUCAUGAAAACAUAAAGAUUCAUUUUCAUCUGUUAUAUGAAGAGGGAAAGACUUUUUUUUUUUUUUGAAAACUUUGUGUCUGGCAAAUUGUUUUCUUAUCUUAAAUGAAAAAUAAACAGACAGUUGUAUGCA